AUGGAUGCUGAGAGAUUAGCUAUGAAGUUUCAGCGAGGGUUGAAUACUUCGAUCCUGCGCGAUGUCGCUAUUCUGGAACUGAAGGAGCAGGAGUCGGCUGAGAAGGACUCCCGAAGGAAGGGAAAGGCAAUUGCUGAGAGCAGUGAAGGGACAGAUAAUCGGGGUGGGUCCUGGAAGAGGAGGAUGACUCAUCAGCAAGUGCUAGCUAGGGAAGCAGCUGCACCUGUUGGGCAGAUAGGGCACUACUCCAGAGAUUGUACCCAAGCACAAGGCAGGGGACAAGGGAACCAGCAGAGGCAACUACCUCAGGGAAAUGCGAGGGUGUUUGCUAUUGUUCAACAAGGUGCUAAGGAGGAAGGAUCUUCAUCUUCUCAUCCAAAUCUUCACUUUCCAUACCACUCUCAUCCUCUGGGAAAGUUGGCGAAGAAUCUGAUAAUCAAGGCGUGGAAGAGAUGUAGUUUAACAAACCAAAGCAGCAGCAAGCGGAAGAAGAGCAAGGACCGAGUAUUGGCUCCGGAUGGGUGCUUCUCGGUCUACGUUGGACCAGAGAAGCAACGAUUCGUGGUGAAGGUUGAGUUUGCUAACCAUCCGUUGUUCAAGGUACUGUUAGAGUAUGCUGCAUGGGAAUAUGGGUACAGUAGUGGAGGUCCAAUUAUGCUUCCUUGCGAUGUGGAAUUGUUCUACAAUGUUUUGGCAGCGAUGGAGAACAAUGUUGAUGAUGAUAUGAUGACUACACCCAACGAUUUUUUCUUCGAACCUUGCAGCAGUCCAACUCGUCAUCUUCGUUUAAAUUCGAGCAAGUUUAAGGGCUAUGGUGGUGCUUAUAUGCUACUUAGUCCGUCACUUGCUUAAGCUAAAUCAGUUUUGACUAGCCAUCAUCUGUACAUCACCA